CGUUCGCGCUGCCGCGCACCCAGCACAGCGAGAACAGAGCAGGGCGAAAAAUCCAGCGAAAGCUAGUCCAGACUGAGCUUCCUGACCCGAACGCAUUUAGUAGAGGAAGUUGUCUCCUAACAGACCGACGUGCACGGAGAGGUGGGAUUUUUUUUUCUUUUUUUGCACAACUGCACCGUAUUUGCACGGCUAGGCGGCUGAAGUUUUGUGUAAUUCGGGACCGUCUCCGUUGUGAGUUGCAGCGGGGAGCAGCAGUAACCACACCACGUCGUGCCACACGGGGAGGAGAGGAGAGAGGGCAGAAGUUUCCGCUGGCUUGUUUUGUCACUGCGGGGCUGGUUAAAUCCGCAGGAAUGUCGCAGAAGGAGAGACCCACUUUCUAUCGACAGGAGCUCAACAAAACCGUGUGGGAGGUCCCGGAGCGGUACCAGAACUUAUCUCCCGUCGGCUCCGGCGCUUACGGAUCCGUAUGUUCAGCGUAUGAUGUGAAGACGGGCCUGAAGGUAGCAGUGAAGAAGUUGUCCAGACCCUUCCAGUCCAUCAUCCACGCAAAGAGAACCUACAGAGAGCUGCGGCUGCUCAAGCACAUGAAGCACGAGAAUGUGAUCGGCCUAUUAGAUGUUUUCACACCGGCAACAAGCUUAGAAGAGUUCAAUGAUGUGUACUUGGUGACCCACCUAAUGGGGGCAGACCUCAACAACAUUGUCAAGUGUCAGAAGCUGACCGACGACCACGUUCAGUUCCUCAUCUACCAGAUUCUCAGAGGCUUAAAGUACAUCCAUUCUGCAGAUAUCAUCCACAGAGACUUGAAGCCCAGUAAUCUGGCUGUGAAUGAAGACUGUGAGCUCAAGGUGAGAAGUAGUCAACUUAAAACAAUGUUCACUGUAUAUGAUUUAGUUAGGUGCUCAUUAAAGUAUGUUGUUCCUUUAAUUCUCUUACUCUUUUAUGAACACGUCCCUUUGUCUGUCAGAUCCUGGACUUUCGGUUUGGCACGGCACACAGAUGAUGAGAUGACAGGCUACGUAGCCACUCGGUGGUACCGAGCCCCAGAAAUCAUGCUCAACUGGAUGCACUACAACAUGACAGUGGAUAUCUGGUCAGUGGGCUGCAUCAUGGCUGAACUACUCACUGGACGGACGCUCUUCCCUGGUACAGACCACAUUGAUCAGUUGAAGCUUAUAAUGAUGCUCGUCGGAACCCCAGGGCCCGAGCUCUUGAUGAAAAUCUCUUCGGAGUCAGCGAGGAACUACAUAAAUUCACUUCAACACAUGCCCAAGAGAAACUUUGCUGAUGUGUUUAUUGGUGCCAACCCUCUUGCGGUGGACUUGCUGGAGAAAAUGCUGGUGUUGGACACAGACAAGCGGAUCACAGCAUCUGAGGCUCUCGCCCACCCGUAUUUUGCCCAGUACCACGAUCCAGACGACGAACCCGAAGCAGAGCCGUAUGACCAGAGCUUUGAAAGCCGUGAGCUGGAGAUUGAGGAGUGGAAGAAAUUAACCUACGAGGAGGUACUCAGCUUUGUGCCGCCAUCGUUUGACGGAGACGAGAUGGAGUCCUGAGGAGAAGGCACCUUUUCUUCCAUCUUUUGUUUUCCAAGAGACACUCUUUAAGGACUAUCAGUCUAAUGUGACUAUCCUCCACUAUCCUCACACACGCGCACAACCAUGACAUUCAAGUGCCUGCCGUCAUUCAUCUCUGGGGGACGCUUUGAUAUCAGGGAGAAAAGUCUACAUCCUGUUCAUCCCGUCCCCCCACUUUGCUGUUUUUGUUACCUUGCAACCCAAAUGUGCUGAGGCAGACUUUAUUCCUCCUUUUAUUUUUAGUGAGUUUUUACCUCUACAGACAUUUAUUGUUUAUAUUGUGCCCCUUCUGUCAUUCAGAAAACUAGAAAUUACAUGUCAGUAUCUUAAAGCAAAUUGGAGAAACUGAACUGCUGAUAUGUAUUUUAUAAAAUUCUAUUACUUAGCAGUAAUUAGUACUAUAGGAAAAGUCUGAAACCAUGAUGUGUCCAAAGUUAAUCUUUUCUCCACACAUUAAAUUAAAUGUUAUUUCUAUCGGUGCACAGAACUGUGUAAAUAUGGCAGAAAACAGUAUUUGUAUAGAAGAACUUUAGGCAAAACAGUUACCAUAUGUGUGUAAUAGUCAUCAUUUGCUGAGACACACCUCAGUUGACCCCUCUGACAGUAUAAAUUUUAUUACUAUAAUUUAGCCUGAAAUGGCGUAUAAAAAGAUACAAUAUGUAAAUUAUUACAAGUAUGUACAGAAUAGACUAUCAAAUGUAAAAUAUUCACCUCUAAAGGAACAUUCAAAGCUUCGUGUUUCUUAUUGAAAUAUGAAACUUUGUGUCCAGAAUUGCCAGAAAUAUGAGUGUGAGGAGUAUGGCUUAUGUAUCACCCAUUUAACAUUUUGUUUGAUUUCCACUCCUUUCCUCCAUAUCUUCUUUUAGCACUUCUGUUUUGUUGUUUCAGAAGAAUGUUUUAGCAAGAUAGUCACCUACAGGACCACUUCAGCAUGAUGAAGCCAGAUUAGGCUUAGUAGUUUAUUGAAAUUUGAUGUUUUCCAUUACAACAUCAACUGACAAUGUAAUUUAAUCAUAUUGCAUUUAUAAAACACAGUACUAUUAAUGUUUAUUGAAUGUUUGGGGCAUUGGUUUGCCCUGUAUUUAUGAUCUUUUGUUAUGUUGUUUGUAUAUCAAUGUAAAAGAGAAUAUUAUUUGUCAGAAUUUAAGGUUCUUUUUAUUAUUUAUGGACAGCUUACUGUAUCAGAAACCAAAUGUAUCAUCAAUAAUCUCAUACGUCAGUCGAGCCACGGUGACUGCAGUUACAGCUUGUGUAUCAGAGCCAACAAUGUUAUUAACUUGUUGUUGGUGACCAUAUCAGUUUAAAUCAAUUUGUCAAACUCUGAUCAUCUCGUUUCUCUUUAGUUCUGACUUUUUAAAGACUUGCUGAAAAUGUAUUUAUCUUAUUGUGUUCCCUAAGGUACUGCCUUCCAAAAUUAUCCUAUUUAAAAAAAAGGCAAUAGAAAAUGCAUCCAGAAAUCCAAGAAAAUUAAGUAUUAUAAGUAAGUCAGCAUAAAUUGACUGACAAACCAUUCAACUGUAGACUUAACAAAAUAUAAUUUCCUCUGUGUGAACCAUUUUAGAAAUCAAACAACACUCACAUGUGACAUACAAGCUAUAUCCACAGUUGCUCUGGCUAAUAUCAACCAAAUGUUAUCAGUGUCUUCACAAUUUCAUUCGCAACAACUUUCAUGUAACUGCGUUUUCAUGUAGUCCUUUUUCUAAUGUAUUAUUUUAUUAUUUUGUGUGUUAAAUCAAGAUUUGAUGUUAUUUGGUAAUUCUGUAAUAUUGAUUGUUUUUAUGAGCAAUGCUAGAACCAUAUUUGUCAUGCAUUUGAAUAAUUUAGUAGGGCACAUGUUUGUGGAAAAGAGUGUACGUUUACUCACUGGAUGCUGAAGCCUCAUACUUUGUCAUGUCAUUUUAAAACAACUGCAUCUGUUGGAUAGGAUGUUUAUCUUAUCCUCUCCAUAUCCCAUUGUCAGCAGUUAAUUUGGUUAUUGGUUAUGCUUUCUUUGCCUGAGAUGUGUUCAUAUCUUUUUACUUUGUUCUUUAUCACAUGUACCUAGACAGCAGGCCACGCCACCUGUAAAUACCACCAUUAGAAAAUAAAGACUACUAUUUUUCAAACCUGUAA